CCACAUCGCAGAUUGGUCGACAUUUACGCAACACGGUAAGGCGCAGCUCGCUGGGCAGUUUCCCUAGCGGUGGAUUUGCUACCUGUCUACCCCGGCUGCCUAAAGGCACUGCUAGGGAAAGGAAAGAAAAAAAAAGAUAAAGAAAGACGGGACGGGUUUAGCGACCGCGCAUGCCUCGUCGAAGGACGGGUGCGCGUGGUCAGUCGACGUCGCCGAAGCCGCCGCCAUCGAAGACUGGUGGCGUCAUGGGCUUCGUGAGUACCAAGCACGUUCUGGCCGUGAUGGUAGCUUGCUUCGCGACCCAUGUUUGGAUUCAGGGAUCGUCGGCCGUCGACAGCGUGGACCCGGACGUCUCAAGAAAUGUGUCGCAGAUCAUCGCCGACAAGGGCUAUCCGGUGGAGGAGUACGAGGUGGAGACGAGCGACGGCUUCGUGCUGUCGAUGCAGCGUGUGCCGCGGGGACUCAAGUCGGGCUCCAAGAGGCUUCCCGGAGCCAAGAAGGUCGUCUUCCUGCUUCACUACCUGCUGGGCUCCUCCGCUGACUGGGUCGUCAACUACCCGGAACAGAGCCUGCCUUACAUGCUGGCUGAUGCCGGAUACGAUGUGUGGCUCGGCAACGUGCGAGGCAACACAUAUUCCCGCCACCUGCGCUACAACAGACGAGAGAAAGACUUCUGGGACUUCUGCUUCGACGAGAUGAUUGCGUACGACCUGCCGGCCAUGCUGGACUUCGUGCUGAACAAGACCGGGCAGCAGAAGCUGUUCUACGUUGGACACUCCCAGGGAUGCCUCAUACUGUUUGGUCUGCUGGCCGAAAGACCGGAGUACAACGACAAGAUCGAACUGUUCGCUGCCAUGGCGCCGGUGACCACAGUGACGUACAUGAGGUCCCCCAUACGCCACCUGGCACCAUUUGUGGAGAACGCGGGGGCCCUGUUCGCCCUGUUCGGCGAGUACGACUUCCUGCCGAGCAGCCCGCUGAUGAGGCUCGUCGCCGGAACCCUGUGCCAGUUCGAGGAAUCGCGCAGCCUUUGCGAGAACGUCAUCUUCUUUAUUUGCGGACCGGAGGGCCCGCAACUCAACAAGACUCGACUUCCCGUUCUCGUGAGCCACACGCCGGCUGGAACGUCGGUGAGGAAUAUGGCGCACUACGCUCAGUUGGUGUUGAGUGAGAAGUUCCAGAAAUUUGACUUCGGAAGGAUCAGGAACCGAGCCCGCUACGGACAGCCCAAUCCUCCCGAGUACAACCUGACGCGGGUAACGGCGCCCGUGGCGCUCUACUGGAGCGUCGGCGACUGGCUGGCCGACCCGAAGGACGUGUCACAGCUGCGCGACAAGUUGCCCCGACUUAUACUCGACUUCCGCGUGCGAGACCGAUCCUUCACGCACCUGGACUUCAGCGUGGGCGUCGGGGCGCGUCGCCUCGUGUACGAGCCCCUCAUGAAGGCCAUGGCCAGCGUGCGUGCCCUGGUGCACCACUUCUACCCGGACUCGUGAAGAACACCGCUCCACAAAUCAAGUCACAGCAAAAUCAUUCGUACAGCCAAAGUUGUUCAGUCAUGUGAUAGCUGCCAAGACUAAACGUUUCCAAAUCUGGGCCUACUUAAUAUGUACUGAUGGGCUACACCCUAAGCAAAAGUCGAGUAUUUGGGUAGUAUUUCUGCCAAACAAUUAUAAUCGUAAUCGAUCUCGAGUACUUUCCUUUCAUUAUCACCGCGGUCCCGGCACUUCCCGGUCACGAACGACGUGCGCGCUAUCAGCGUGACAUAGCAUUUUUGAUGGGAAAGUGGCGAGAGCUGGGUUUUCAAGAAAGGAAACGCGAGCAAGCAAGAUGACGAUUAGAGUUGUCUGGCAGAAAUACUCCUCAAACACUCCAUU